AUGAACUUCUUUGAUAAAGUCCCGGGGGAGCUGAAGCUUUUCAUUGGAGGGUUGAUGGCAUUGCAUGGAAAACAGACUUUGGUCAAAGCUGGAGUCACACAUGUCCUUUCUGCCAUCAAUUACCACAUGGAACCCGCGAUGAUCGACGGUUAUGAGCAUUUUCAAAUCAAGCUUGAGGAUGAUGAAGAUGAAGAUAUUAUCCAAUUCUUCCCUAAGACCAAUAAAUUUAUUGAUGACGCCUUGAGAGGUGGGGGAGGAGUCUUGGUGCACUGUGCGAUGGGAAAAUCCCGCUCUGCAACGUUUACGCUUGCAUAUCUGUUAUGGAGGUUCCGAGACCUUGACCCUGCCAAAGCCCUGGCCUUUGCAAGAGAAGGGCGCCCUGUAGUUGAACCAAACGUUGGAUUCUAUGAGCAACUUCAACUAUACCAUGAGAUGGGCACUCCAGAUGUGAUUGAAGGUCAGGAAUUGUAUCGUCGAUGGCAACAUAAGAAAGAAGUCGAAUUUGCUAGGUUCAGGGGUAAAGCUCCAGGAGCGGAGAGGCUAUUGUAUGAAGAUGAGUACAUGCGAGCACAAGCUGGGGUUGAGCAGGAGGUGGAAACCGAACUUUCACAUGCCAUUCGGUGCAGGCACUGCAAGUUUGCCCUUGCGGCUGAGGGCUAUGUUCAUCCUCAUCUUCCUCCUGAGCCUCCAUACAGGCCGCCAUCGUAUCCAGGAGAUGCAAAGUGUGAUCAGAUCAUGCUGAAGCCCCUCUCCUGGAUGAGGGCGGAGUUCUCGAAGGAAUGGACCAAAGGGACGAUAUAUUGCCCUGGAUGUAAGAUUUCCUUGGGGUCGUAUUCAUGGCAUGGAGGACAUUGUUCAUGUGGUUCAUGGGUGGUUCCAGCCAUCGCCUUAAGGGAGAGUGAUAUUGUCCACCGUGGAGAAAUCACUGAUGAGACGGGUGCACCAGGGCCGCUAAAGAGAGGAUUAGAAAAGCUAUAG